AUGGAGCAAGAAUAUGGAGUGAAGCCCACUUUAAAGCACUACGGGUGCAUGGGAAUUUUUCACUACGCGUCACUUAUAAUCUGCCCACCGUCAUCGGAUUCUUCACAAAAUAAAGCUCCGGCGGCAUUAGAGGAAGAGGAAAGGGGUCUCCUCGUGUGGCCCCAUAAGGAGGAGUUUCUGCAGGUGCUUAAGGCCAAUCAGACCCUAAUUCUUGUCGGUGAAAUUGGCAGAUACAGGCGGCCAGAUCGGUUAGCGACUCAAGGAUUAGGCGCAACAGCUAGUGAAGGGGCGAUACGGUAUGACUGGUGUUCUUGGCCCGAUCGCCAAGGAGCAGGCGAGGCAUCGAUACUUUCGGACCUAUAA